CUGCCUCCCUCCCCGCGCGCCGCCCGCCCCGCCGGCCCCGCUCGCCCUCGCGCGCUCGGAAGGGAGUCGCGAGACGUCGGAGCGGCGGCCACGUAGCGCUGCGGCGGCGGCGGCGGCGGCGGCGGCGGCCGAGGCCGGGUCUGCGGAGCGGCCCUGAGGACAGACGUUGGGCGGGGGGGAGGGGCCGGCCCGGCCGGCGGUUGUUACUCGAGCGCCGCGGCUACAGGCCCCCCGCCGCAGGAUGGACCGCCGAGGCGGCGGUCGGGGCGGCGGAGGCGGAGGCGGCCGGCCAGGGAUAUCGUUGUGAUAAGCCAGCGAACCCGCAAGAGUUACGUAGAGACUUUUCAGAUAAGAUAAGAUGCGCCAAGUCACUUGCAGCUGUCUGCAGAAGAAAAAUCCCUAGUGCUCUGCUCUUGCCAUAAUACCAAACCUUUCGACUUCUGCUUUGGUGCUGCAACACUGGAAGAAUUGCACACAGGUCCCAGGAAUACCCUUUUUCCAUUUGAGUGGUUCUUUGUGGAUGGAAAAUUAUUGGAGGCUUAACAGCUACCCUGUUUGAGAGCUCUCUCUCUCUAGUCUGAACUGCGUAAUAAACCGGGCCACGCACCCAUGAGCCACACAGCCAGUUCUGGUCAGGAGCUGGCUGAAAACUGUGCUGCGCGUGUAGCAGGAAUGGCACAAGAAGAGAGCCGUCGUGGUCAAGCGCCAUCUACCUUUUAUCACGGUGCCAACCAAGAACUUGACCUGUCCACCAAAGUGUACAAAAGGGAAACAGGAAGUCCUUAUUCUGUGUUAGUGGACACCAAGAUGAGCAAACCACAUCUCCACGAAACAGAGGAACAGCCGUAUUUCAGGGAGACAAGGGCAGUGUCUGACGUGCAUGCUGUCAAAGAAGACCGGGAGAAUUCUGAUGACACAGACGAGGAGGAGGAGGAGGAAGUCUCUUACAAAAGGGAGCAGAUCAUAGUGGAGGUAAACCUUAAUAAUCAAACAUUAAAUGUGUCUAAAGGGGAAAAGGGUGUCUCUUCUCAGUCCAAAGAGACUCCUGUUCUGAAGACAAGCAGUGAGGAGGAAGAGGAAGAGAGCGAGGAGGAGGCCACCGAUGACAGCAAUGACUACGGAGAGAACGGAAGGCAGAAGAAGAAGGAGAAGACGGUGGAGAAGGCCAGCGUCACACAAAGGAGAACCAGGAGGGCCGGCUCCGUGGCCGCAGCUACCGCUUCCCCGACUCCCAGGACUACCAGAGGGCGUAGGAAGAGUGUAGAGCCACCUAAGCGGAAGAAGCGGGCCGCGAAGGAGCCCAAAGCCCCAGUCCAGAAAGCUAAGUGCGAGGAGAAAGAGACUCUGACCUGUGAGAAGUGCCCCAGGGUGUUUAAUACUCGCUGGUACCUGGAGAAGCACAUGAACGUUACUCAUAGGCGCAUGCAGAUCUGUGAUAAGUGUGGCAAGAAGUUUGUCCUGGAAAGUGAGCUGUCCCUUCACCAGCAAACAGACUGUGAAAAAAAUAUUCAGUGUGUUUCCUGUAACAAGUCCUUCAAGAAACUCUGGUCCCUUCAUGAACACAUCAAGAUCGUCCAUGGGUAUGCAGAAAAGAAGUUUUCCUGUGAAAUUUGCGAGAAGAAAUUCUACACCAUGGCUCAUGUGCGGAAACACAUGGUUGCACACACGAAAGACAUGCCGUUUACAUGCGAAACCUGUGGAAAGUCGUUCAAACGCAGCAUGUCCCUCAAGGUGCACUCCUUGCAGCAUUCUGGAGAGAAGCCCUUCAGAUGCGAGAACUGUGACGAGAGGUUCCAGUACAAGUACCAGCUGCGCUCGCACAUGAGCAUCCACAUCGGGCACAAGCAGUUCAUGUGCCAGUGGUGCGGCAAGGACUUCAACAUGAAGCAGUACUUUGACGAGCACAUGAAAACACACACUGGAGAGAAACCCUUUAUCUGUGAAAUCUGUGGCAAAAGCUUCACCAGCCGCCCCAACAUGAAGAGGCACCGCAGAACGCACACAGGCGAGAAGCCCUAUCCGUGUGAUGUGUGUGGCCAGCGGUUUCGCUUCUCCAACAUGCUUAAGGCCCACAAGGAGAAGUGCUUUCGGGUGACCAGCCCCGUGAACGUGCCGCCUGCUGUCCAGAUCCCACUCACGACCUCCCCGGCCACCCCAGUUCCUUGCGUGGCGAACACACCCACAACGCCCACGCCCCCGAUCAGUAUGAGCCCCGCGAGCACUCUCCCCCCGCGGCCCAUCCCGCACCCUUUCUCACACCUCCACAUCCACCCACACCCUCACCACCCGCACCACCUUCCUAUCCCUCCGGUCCCGCACCUCCCGCCGCCCCCAGCUCUCUUUAAGAGCGAGCCUUUAAAUCACCGAGGCCAGGGUGAGGACAACUUUCUGCGGCACCUGGCAGAAAAGAACAGUUCAGCACAGCAUCACUAACAUCCAUCUCCUUAAGUGUGUUCUCCACGAGCUGUGUGCCCGUGUGUGAGUUUGCAGAAAGGGAGCUGGUGGGCAUUUCUGUAGCUGCCAGACUCUCCUCAGCCUCCACCAAGAGCUGUGUCAUUGUCUUGGGGGAUCGACACAUCCAAGGGAAUGAACGAGAAGACCGCCUUGCGCUCCCGGAGGGAACUGUCAUCUAAACCAGGGGAACCACCGAACUAAAGCCCAAUUCGCUUGCAUUUUCUGGUGGACUUUUAUAAAUUUCGAAUACUCAGACUUGUGGAAUUUUAUAAUUUCAUAUCAGCUGAUGAGGUAUGCUUUUGCUUUUCUAUCCCGGGCUUCUCCUCAAAGAGGGGACAGGCCCGGCUUCCUUUGUACUAAUCGGGAAGGCUGUGAGAUUAAUCCAGAGCAUUCAUUGUAUCACUGUGUAUCGUAACCAGUUCUUUUCAGCUUUUGGCGCUGGCCUCCGAAUCGAGCCGGCCGUGUUUCACAGUAUAUCAAGCAUUAUAGAGAAAGACAGAAAUGUUCUUCUUUGUGUAGCUCUCCUAACGCACUCUAUUUUACUACAGAAAUUAUUUUAGAGUUUUUGUAUAGACUUCUUUAGUAGUCUGUUUCUAAAAUGAAACGUAUUUCAACAAGCGGUGUAAUUUUUUCAGUGUAGCUGGGCCUGUGUUGUAAAAUAGAAAAAAAAUUUUUAUAAUCAUCAAAAUGUGAUUCUUAAAGACGCAUAUAACUUCUAUAGUUCAAAGUUAUUCUUACGUCCGUACAACUCAAAGGUGCUUCAGAGACUAGAUGCAUCCGGGAGGGUCUCCAGACACCAGGUCACUGCAGAAUGAGGUCUUGCUUUCAGAACUUGGCGUAAGCCCUUGGCAGUUCUUAAAUCUCUGCUUCACACUCAAGCAUCCGUCUGUCGGGCUCGUUGACACGCUCCUGUCCUCCGUGUUUCGUUUCGUUUGGUUACCGCGUGAAGCGGGAGGAUUCCAUUUGGUCCCUGCGCUAAGUGGGGUGAUUUGCAGGGAGCUGGACCCUUUCCAGGGACGUCCCCUCACGCUUGCAUGUUCGAAAAAUCGGAGUCAAGCUGUUCACCGUCAGGAGGAGGAAGUGAUGGAGAAUCAUUCUCCCUCACGUCUGCGUCUCACUUUCCCCCGGGCUUGUUUGUGUCCAGCCGAUGGCACAACCAAAUGGAAGUCUCACGAGACGCUGCUCGUUUCGAGGCUGCUGUAUUUUCCUAGAAUUGUUAGGAAAAUACGAAAUAGUACACUAAAAUCACAAGCAUGAAUGAUGUUGCUGACAGUAGCUGAGAAGUUUGGAUGAGGACAGAUUUGACUGUGAGUUUUUAAAAUGUCCGUUCAGCUGUGGAUCCAGCCACAACUUUGAGCUGUUCUAACACAGUUUAAAUGGUAGCGAGGGAAAGAAAACUGCCUAUGUUUUGCUGCCCUGUUCUCCGCAGAUAAUUACGCGACAGACAGCGGUGUUCCCAGGUGGUGAGGGGAACAUCUCUAACCACCUUUUAGAUGGGUUACUUUUUCAAGUUUGGGAAGUUUCGAAAGAGCACGAUCAUUCAGGAGCUUAUAUAGGAAAGUCUGAAUAGAAGGGCUAACACACUGCUCAUAUUUAACUGAUCAAAUUUCUCCAGACUCUGUACAGCUAAAACUUUUAUAUAUAUAUAUAUAUAUAUAUAUAUAUAUAUAUAUAUAUAUAUAUAUAUCUCAGAGAACUGAGUUCCAAAGCUAGGUCUGCUUUCUUUCUCUCUCUCCCUCUAUUUUUUAAUCUUGACAUUUCUUCAGUUCCUCCCCCACCCCCCCACCCCCCCCACUGCCUCAGGCUCUUAGAUCAUUGCCUAAAUAAGAACCCUGGCUUUUAUUUAUUUUUUAACUUUUAAUAUUAAAUGUGCAGAUAUACUUCAAGCACUUUUCUGGCUGAUUAGCUCUGUGGUAGGAAAAUUUGGAACUCUUGAUGGAGGUCAAGUCCCUCUUUUUAAAAUACCACAUUCUCUGUUAGCUUUUUUGGUUUAAAAUUUCCUCCUUUUUUUCCUUCUGAUUAUUGCGUUUUGCCUUCUGUAAUGAGCAUAGGAAGAUUUUGGAACGGGGCAGAAAAGUAUCUCAAGACCUACUUUUCUUCCUGUUUUUGGAUGUAAUUUCUAAAGAAUGUUAUUUUAAGUAUUGGCGUGCAUUUUUCAGACACCCAGGUACCCAGACCAAUAAGGAAAAUUAAUUUCUUGUUUGUGAUUGUCAUUUCUUUCGUGGCUGCGUCCCCUUACUUACUCCACAGUCUCCUUUACCUCCCAUGACAAGUUUCUGGGUGGAUCUACACCUUUAUGUAGACAUACCAUUAUUUAAUGGCCAAGCCUAUGAUAUUAAGAUGGUUUUUUAAAAGAUGUAAAUCGCAGCUUAAUUGGUUCUGGUACCUUAUUUUAUUCUAAACAAAUUUACGGUAUUCGGUAGCAAUUCUGAAUUCUAGACUUGAGACCAUUAAAUCAACCAUUUUAUGAAGUGUACUAUAAUGAUACACUGGAAAAUUCAGGUCGUCAUAUUUGAUUUUUCAUUCAAGUGAAUAUAGCCAUAAGAAAAUACCUACUUACAUAGGAAAACCAGUAUGAAGCAAAUAAUCACCACCACCCUUAACAGAAGCAAAAAAGGAUUUGUUUUUGUUUUGUCUUUUGAAUCAGCAUUGUCACACGACACCGUUCAUAGUGAAAUGUACUGUGGAACAAUCUGGAAACUUCUAACUGUUUUUCCCCCUAGAUGGGUAUACCUUCCUUGACUCGGGGUUUGUAGUCUUCAGGAAAACUGCUCAGCACGUAACGAUUCCUUAUCAGUGUCAUGUUACACAUAAACAAUGAGAUGCAUUAAAUAAUAUUCACGACGUUAAUGCUUCUGAAUACGAGAACUGCAGGAUUAAGCCUUAAUCAUAUAUGUGCGUCAGGUUUAACAUGCUUCAGACUCCAACUCAGGGUUGGAAAUUUGAUUGGGGUCCUUCACUAAGGGAAAAGUUGCAUCCUGUGUGUUCCCUCCAGCCUACAGUACAGCACCCCGUGACUUCUUCAGAACUUCAUGCCCGUUUGCUAUC